AUGGCCGCUCUGACGUCGUCAGUCGGCCGGGGCUGUGCCUUCUUGCGCUCGCCGCAGCUGCUGCGACAGCGCCUCACCGCCCGCCUGGCGCGCACGCAGGAGCCUGGCGAGGCGUCGCAGCAUGUUCGCUGGCUCCUGCAGGACGGCGACUACGGGCCGCUCGACGGCCGCGCCGCACGCCGGCGCCUGAUCGCCGACGUCGCGCGCCUUGCUCAGGGCGAGCCACUGGCGUACGUGCUGGGCACGCAGCCCUUCGCCGGCCUGCUGCUCAAGUGUCGCGCGCCCACACUCAUCCCUCGGCCCGAGACGGAAGAGUGGGGCCUGCGCGUGGCGGACCUCGCCCGCAGCUGGCUUGCGACACUGCCAGAGCGCGAGAGGGGCAUCCGGGUGCUCGACCUCUGCACCGGCAGCGGCUGCUUGGCUAUGCUCUUGGCCCAUACGUUGAGCAAAGCGCCGGGCGCAGCCGCGACUCGCGUGGUGGCAGCCGACGUCUCGCCGUCGGCUCUGGCACUCGCAGCGGAGAACAUGCAUACGCUGCCGAGCUUCGCUCAGCCCUCUGUCGUGCGGGCGGACAUCUUCGACGACGGAGACAUGGCAGGGCUCGUGCGCAACGGGCCAUUCGACCUGCUCGUGUGCAACCCGCCAUACAUUCCCGCGCGCGAUCACGCAUCGCUCGACGCCAGCGUGCGCCUGUUCGAGGAUCGGCUGGCCCUCAUCGGCGAGCUUCCCGCGGGCGCUGGCGCUGACGCCGAUGCGCCAGACGGACUGAUCUUCUACAGGCGCAUCGCCGCGCUUCUGGCCGAGGGCAGGCUGCUGCGUCGCCCGCACGCGCCGCGCCAAUGUCCCAGCAUCGUGCUGGAGGUGGGCAAGGGCCAAGCACCGGCGGUGCAGCUGCUCGUCGAGCCCUUCAGCGAGCGAGUGGAGAUCUGGCGCGACGGCUUCGGCGUGGACCGCGUGGUCGCCAGCUGGCUGCGCUCCGACGAAUCGGGCCGGUCGACGCCUGGGUGA